AUGACUUGCCAUUUCGCCCUCCUACAUUAUGACAGUGUGUCAAAAUCUAUGAUUGAAUGGUACUGGCCCAACAAUGACAAGGGAAAGAAAGUUCUACUGUCCAACUUUGAGAAGUACCGUAAAGAACGCCAGUUUCGAUACCCAUGCUGCCUAUGUGCCGAGGAGGGUGGGAGAGGGGCAUACAUGGAGGCAGCAGUGUACUCAUGGAGGGAUAAGACCACCGAUAAGACUUAUUGGAAUGCAAGAUGCGCAUCUGAUCAAUGUGGAUAUCGAGGAACCUGCCAGUACCCUCGUCGAGAUAAUGUAGAAGAGCACAAAGAACCGCGCCCGAUUGAUCUUGAAUGGACCUACCUGGAACAAACAGAAUUGAUGAAGAGGCUCGAAUUUACCGUUGGUGAUGGAAUUACAAUGCUGCAAGCACUGUAUGCGAGUGGUAACGAGGCCGAUAAUGAAGCGUCACAUCCAAGUCUGUUCAAGAGGAGUGCAAAAGCAAAAGGGUCUGGGGCAGGAGUCACCGGCACAAUGCCUUUGCAAGGGUUGAACACGAUAUGGAAACACUCCAAAAGUGUAUCCCUCGAUGACUUUUGGCAUGGACACUGGAUAGAAUUGGCUUCUCAGUGCUUGUUUUGGAGAACCCUAGUGGCUUCCGAAGUCAAGAAUCCAGAUCGUCGGCUUGGUACUUUGAAAGAUACUGUUCUGGGAUACACUAUGGACUAG